AUGGAGAUCUGCAGGAAUGAUGAUUUUUUGAUAAUCUUAGAAAAAAACGAGUUGCUUGUAGUGGAUAUUCUGACACUGUCUGUAUUCCACAGAAGGGAGUAUGGGGCAGGGUCGGUCAUAGGAUGCUGUAGCGAAUAUGCCUUUGUUGGAAAUGGAUGUGCGGUUGUGGCAUUAUGCCUUCUUGAUCUGAAGGAAAAGGUGGUGUGUGAAAUGAAAGCACCUGUAACAGCUAUCUUCCAUUUAGACGGAUUCGUGUAUUGUGGAAGUGAGGAUGGAACAAUCCAUGUUUACGGAAUGGCAGAAGAGAAUGAUAAGAGAGAAGCAAAGAGUGUCGGGGAGUCUUUAUGGUCUGAGAUAUCGAACGAGAUGUUUCCAGAAGAGGAUUUCCAGUGCAGGUUCGGGUUUAUAAAAAGUAUGAAGCAUCCUGGGCCUGUGACCCAGAUAUGUAGCGAUGGAACAGAAGUAUUUGUGGCAGAUCUUCGGAACAAAAUAACGGUGUAUCCUUCCAAGAGAACAUAUGAUAUCAGAAGUCCAAAGCUUAGGUACAAGAACUAUAUAUUUGCAAGUGAAAGAAAUAUGCUAUACUGUAGAACACGGAAUGCGUUUGCCACAUACCUGACCGUGGAGAAGCCAAUAAAUAGUUACACCUUUAGUAUGAACGGAGGGAUUCUAUUUGCACAAUGUAGAAAUGAUGUGUAUGUCAUUGAAUUCAACACUAGGAAAAUCAUAAAGAAAAUACAUGUGCCAGGAAGGUUUGUAUAUGAUGAUGAUAGAAACAGAUUGGUAUGGUUUGACGGAAAGAAGUUUUCUUCUAUUGAGAAUGUUCUUGAGAACGGGUAUGGGGGGAUGGAAGAUGUGGUGUUUAGAGAAGACGAGCUUGCUGAGAAGAAAAUAAGAGUUGAGGAAGUUGUGGAUGAGGGGUUUUUAGAGAGGCACAAGGGAGACGAGGAACGGAAGAGAGCUCAAAAAAGAAGGUACUUCAAGGUUUCUGAGUCGUAUGGGCCUAGUGAAUGGAGUAACAAUGAAGAAAGAAAAAGGAUGAUUGAUUCCGAUGAGUAUUCAGAGGAGGUGGGAGAUAAGAGCAAGAUAAAGGAGAGUAGUCCAAUGCCAAAAGAAGAGGCAGAAAACCUACUAUAUUACAACUCCGAAGGAUACAUGAUUUGCAUUAGGGGAGAAAGCUUUGACAGGGUGGAAGUUAUCUAUCAUGAUAUCUCUCGAAGAAAGAUUGAGGUGCCUAGAAUCUGUGGAUGUGUCUUAGGAUCCUUUUGCAAAGACAAUGUUGUAGUUGGGGAUGGGAAGAAGAUAUACUACACCGGGAAGUUUUCUAGGUGGGAGAAAGAGAUCGAAGCAAAGAUGGUAUCUGUUUCCGAGAAGAUGGUGGUUGUUUUUUCUGGGAUUCUACAAGUCUUUGGACUCGAUGGAACUGAGGUGUUCAACUGUCUUGUUCCGGAUGUCCAUGCAAUGUGCUGCCACCUUGGCAUUAUUGCGGUUUUUUGCCGGGAAUUGAUUCUGAUUGAUUUAUUCAAGUCAACCGAAAGACUUUUUUUGCCUUCGCCUGUUGAUUUUGCUUGUUUUGAUGAAACCGGAAGGAUUUUUUAUAGGGUUGGUGGAAGAAUGUACCAAGUUUACAAUGGAUUGCCUGUAAGAGUGUGUGAGGUCCAAACACGACCAUUAGCUGUGGUUAGAGGCAGCGUUAUUUCUCUAGGGGCCUCCAGGAAGUUAUUUCCAUCUCCUCAUGUCGAAUACACCAAGUUUGAUGUAUUUGACCCAUUUGAGGUUAAGAAUGAGGCGAAAGAAGAAGAUGUGCCCAGCCAUGAGAAUCAAGAGAAUAAGGUCAUGGAAGUAAGCAAGAGCAAAAGAUAUAACCCUCUUGGAAAAUAA